GUUGAAGUUGAAAGGCAGAGGAGCUAUGGCUGAAGUGGACCUCGGAAAGCAUUGUCAGAUUGAAUCCUGUCGUCAGAAAGAUUUCCUGCCUUUUGUUUGUGAUUCAUGUAAUGGUUUUUUCUGCCUUGAACACAGAAGUAGAGAGUCACAUUUAUGUCCAGAGGUGCCUGUGAAAAGGGAGUCUCAGACUUCUGGUGGCAGUACAAGUUAUCGAUGUUCACUCCAAGACUGCAAGGGGAAAGAAUUAUUGCCCAUCAUAUGUCCACAUUGUGAAAAACAUUUCUGCUUGGCCCAUCGUCAUCAAGAUGACCACAUGUGUGAGAAACUGGAAACACCCAAACCUCGAAUGGCAGCCACUAAAGAGCUAGUGCAAAAGAUUUUGGAGUCAAAGGCGACACCUGUGAAAAGGAGAAUCAGGGGAGCAAAGAACAGUGCAACUGCAGCUAAAGUGGCAUUAAUGAAACUGAAACUGCAUGCUGCAGGAGACAAGGGACUGCCACAGACAGAGAGGACCUACUUUCAGGUGUGUCUUCCCAAAGACUCUAAAGACUCCAGCCAGCCCAUGUUCUUCUGCUCUAAGUGGAGUGUGGGCAAAGUGGUGGAUUACGCCGCCUCCCUGGCUAACCUCAAGAACAACAAUAACAUACUUACUGCCAAGAAGUUGCGGUUAUGCCAUCCUCAGACAGGGGAGGUUUUGCGGAUGGAUGACACGCUGCACUCCCUCCUGGCUCACCCAGAGACACCCCUCUACAAUGGGGGUAAUGUGAUCCUUGAGUACCUGGACAAUGAUAGCGCCGGCUUGGACGAUGUCUUGGCUUAUGUUCCACAGACCUGAAUGACUCACAGCAUCUACUGCAUGGGAUUUUUUCAAUAGCAAAAUGGACAGGAGAUUUCUUUCGCUGUUAAUAAUCUCCGGUUUCCUCCACCAUCAAAAAGACAUGCAUAUUAAGGUUCAUUCCUGUCUGUGCCCCUGACCAAGGCAUGGCAAGACGAACUGGAGUUGGUCCCCGGGCGCUGCACGGCGGCUGCCCACUUCUCCUAGCUACACAGCUAGGAUGGGUUAAAUGCAGAGAAGGAAUUGCCCCCAUGGGGAUUAAUAAAAUAGUAAUAAAUAAAUAAAGUUUUUGAUACAAUUGAUCUGAAUACAUUACCUUCCAUUACCUGAUCUACAGUAACGUCUCUGAAAAUAUGUGUGUUCCAUCUCAGUCUGUGAUUAUACUAUACAGCAACAAAAAUCCAUGCUUCAAUAGAGAGAUGGAACAAUUAUGGAAAAAUAAGCACAAUGCCUUUAAGGAUGAA